AAUUACUUUUUCAAAAUCUCUCUACAAAGCAAAAACUUUCUUUCUAAUUUCUUCUCUGAGGCAUUUUAACGAACACAUGGCGGACUUAAACGGUGCGUAUUACGGACCAUCGAUUCCACCGCCGAAGAAAGUCUCUCACAGCCACGGCAGACGCGGCGGUGGAUGCGGUUGUUUAGGUGACUGUCUUGGCUGCUGCGGCUGCUGUAUCUUAAGCGUCAUCUUCAACAUCCUCAUAACCAUAGCCGUCUUAUUAGGCAUAGCUGCUUUGAUCAUCUGGCUCAUUUUCCGACCAAACGCUAUCAAAUUCCACGUCACCGAUGCUAAGCUCACCGAAUUCACACUCGACCCAGCCAACAACCUCCGAUACAAUCUCGACCUCAAUUUCACAAUCCGUAACCCUAAUCGACGGAUCGGUGUUUACUAUGAUGAAAUCGAAGUCAGAGGAUACUACGGUGAUCAGCGAUUUGGCAUGAGUAACAACAUCUCGAAGUUUUACCAGGGACAUAAGAACACGACAGUGGUUGGUACUAAACUCUCCGGACAGCAGUUGGUGAUGCUCGACGGCGGAGAGAGGAAGGAUUUGAACGAGGAUGUGAAUUCUCAGAUCUAUAGGAUCGAUGCGAAGCUGAGACUUAGGAUUAGGUUUAAGUUUGGGUUGAUCAAGUCGUGGAGGUUCAAGCCAAAGGUCAAGUGUGAUCUCAAGGUUCCUCUUACCUCUAAUUCAACCAGCGGGUUUGUGUUUCAGCCGACCAAGUGUGACGUUGACUUUUGAUACUAGCCAAAGUCAAUGUUAUUUAUAUAGUCUUCGAAUUCAUCAUAUUACACUUGUUUAUUGAUUCUUAUUUUUGGGUUUAGAUUGUUUUAUUUUAUUGUUAUUGGAGAGAUACUUUUCUUAUGUAAUAUUUUAUUGUGUGGUUCUAUGUAAAUAAAUAAUCACUUGUUUU